AUGUCAUCACAAAAGAAAAUAGCCAUCUUGUUUGGUUCCGAGACAGGUAAUGCCCAAGAUUUCGCAACAAUCCUGUCGCACAAAUUACAAAGGCUACAUUUUUCUCAUACAUUAUCAUCCUUUUCAGAAUAUGAUCCUAAAGAUAUAUUGAGCUGUAAAUAUCUUUUCCUCUUUUGUUCGACUACUGGUCAAGGUGAAUUACCUAAGAAUGCAUCGGAUGGUAAAUUUUGGUCGUUUUUAAAGAAAAAGAAAUUACCAGCAAAUUUUUUAAGUCAUGUAAAUGUGACUUUGUUUGGCUUAGGUGAUUCGUCUUAUCCAAAGUUCAACUAUGCGAUUAGAAAAUUACAUCAAAGAAUUGUCGUUCAAUUGGGAGCAAAGGAAGUAUUCGAUAGAUUGGAAGCUGAUGAACAAUCAAUGGCAGGAAGUAAUAAGGGAACAGGUGCUGGGGUGGAGAGCGUUUAUUUCGAAUAUGAGAAAAGAAUUUUACAAUUUUUGAAGGAAAAGUUCCCCAAUAGAAAGUUGAAAAAUGGUGAAGUUAUUGAACGUGAUGAAAUUGAUCCUGAAAUAUAUUUGGCGCCAUACUCUUACCUUACUUUAGCUGACGAGGAAGAUGAUCCUAAUCCAGCAGCAUCAGAUAACAGUAACAUUAAGUUCGAAGGUGAUAAGUCUAUGAAAUAUGGGAAGGUGAUUAAAAAUGAACGAAUCACGGACCCUGAACAUUUCCAAGACGUUAGACAAUUUAUCUUCAAAAAUAAUGACGAAUCAGUAAAUGAUAUUUAUUAUCCAGGUGAUACUGCUGCAAUUUAUUCAUAUAAUACAGAUUUGGCUGUCGAACAAUUCUUAGAAAAUCAGUCUCAUUGGUUAGAAGUUGCAGAUAAACCCUUAAAAUUUACCAAUGGUAUACCAAGUCAUUUAAGAGAUGGUGGUAUCGUUAAACCAUUAACGAUAAGGAAUUUACUGAAGUAUCACUGUGAUAUAAUGAGUAUCCCAAGAACAAGUUUCUUCAUGAAAAUGUGGACGUUUGCUACAGAUGUCACAAGAAUGGAACGUGGUGAAGAACAAUUAAAUGAUCAAAGGGAUAAGUUAAAGGAAUUUGCUUACGAUGAAGAUAUGCAAGAAUUAUAUGAUUAUUGUAAUAGACCAAGAAGAUCUAUCUUAGAAGUUUUGGAUGACUUCCUUUCCGUGAGAUUACCUUGGAAAUAUAUGCUGGAUUAUCUUCCUAUUAUAAAGCCACGUUAUUAUUCUAUCUCAAGUGGUCCUUGUAAUCCACAGAUCGAGUUGACUGUUGCUAUAGUUAAAUACCGAACUAUUUUAAGGAAGAUCAGAAAGGGUGUCUGCAGUGAUUUUAUCGCUCAUCUAAAUACAAAUGAUCAAGUGCGUUAUAAGAUCAUCAGUAAUAAUUUAAUUAGAAAGUCAUAUCAUGGUAAGCCAAUGAUUUUAGUCAGUCCUGGUGUUGGUAUCGCUCCAUUGAUGUCUGUUGUGAAGGCAAAUGUCUCAAAUGAUAUACACUUCUUUUUCGGAUGUAGAUUCAAGGAUAAAGAUUAUUUGUAUCAAGAUAUCUUGGAGAAAUGGAACUCUGAAAAUAAAAUAAUGUUACAUCCUGUCUUUUCAAGAGAUCGUGAAAACUCACCUGAUACUAAGUAUGUUCAAGACGUUCUUUGGAAGUUAGGUCAAGAAAUGACUGAUUUGAUUGUGAAGGAUAAUGCCUUAAUGUUACUUUGUGGUGCUUCGGGGAAAAUGCCCGUUCAAGUUAGAUUGACUGUCAUUGAAAUGUUGAAGAAAUGGGGGAAUUUCGCCGAUGAUGAUGCAGCAAGAAAGUAUUUAAAAGAAAUGGAAAGAGAUGAUAGAUAUUUACAAGAAACUUGGUGA